AUGGGUGUGUCUGAGCCUGGUUCCUCCACCACUCCUGACCUUCCUCCCAUGGAACACGAGCGGCCAGGGUCCGGCAGCGGCCUGGAUGACGAGGACAUUCCUCAGAGGAAACAGAGGAGAUACAGAACCACCUUCACCAGUUACCAGCUUGAUGAACUGGAGAAGGCUUUUGGAAGGACACAUUAUCCUGAUGUGUUUACGAGAGAAGAACUCGCUUUGAAAAUCGGCCUCACCGAAGCUAGAAUUCAGGUAUGGUUCCAAAACCGUCGAGCGAAGUGGCGUAAACAAGAGAAGGUGGGGCCCCACGCUCACCCCUAUAGUGGGUACCUGGGAGGGGCCCAACCGUUGCCAACAUCAGCUACUCUACCAGGGCCCCCGCAUCCAUUGUCACAACUCGGCUUUGGAUUAAGGAAACCUUUUGAUGCUGCUCUAGCUUCGUUCCGGUACGCAAGCACACCACUAUUCGGCGCUCAGUAUUUACCACCACUAUCGCGUCCACCUCUCUUCGGAGCUCCACUCUACGCGACAUCACCAGCGCACUUCCAUUCCCUAUUCGCAAAUCUAACCGUUCCCGAACCUCCCCGACUAUCACCCGAACACUCCCGACCAGUGCCCGAACUAUCCCAACUAUCCCCCGAUGUUUCCCGACCGUCGUCCGAUCAUUCCCGACUGUCGCCUGAAGUCACCCGUUCUCCCGCACCAUCCAUGUCUCCUCCAAUAUCGCCGGGAAGUGAAAGCUUGCCUAUGCACCCAGUAAUGGAUGACGUGCGCACAUCCAGCAUCGCUGCUUUAAGACUAGCGGCGCGAGAACAUGAGCUAAGAUUAGAAUUAUUAAGGCAACGAGCUGAUCUUAUGUGUUAA